CUCCAUUUUCAGGCAUCUCUAGCUCCAGUCCACGUACAAUUCAAGAAUCUCCUCGAUUUGUUGUGCUUUCUCGGCGUGUUCUCUUGUAAAUUCCCUCCCUGUCGCAGUGGUCGCCCUGUUUAUUCUGAAUUCUGCUGUUCAUUGACCCCGCAAGGCGUUCGGAGUUUGUGGAUUCGUGGAAAAUUGUCCUAAUCUCGUCGUGCAGUGGGUGCUUGUCUCAAUUUCACGGCGUGUUUGAGCAGAUUGUGGGUUUUUCUCGCAUUUUUAGCUCGAAUUAGAAUCCAGUUCGCGAGAAGAAGGAAUCCGGGUACCAGGGUGUAGGGCUUUAGGCUAACCAUCAAGUUGGAUUUGGUAGAGGAUUUGUUCCGUUAGCGUUUUAAUCAGGGGGAGUAGGAUUUAGUGCUGCAUUCGAUGGAAUCAAAGCCUCCGGUGAGGUUUACCUUGGGGAAGCAAUCGUCGCUGGCGCCGGAGGGGCAUGGGGAUGAGCUGGAGGGGUCAGGUGAGAUCGACAUGGGUGAAGAGGUUCUUCCUGGAGUGAGGCUCAUGUACUUGGCGAAUGAGGGGGACUUGGAGGGAAUGAAGGAUAUAUUGGAUUCGGGUGUGGAUGUCAAUUUUAGGGACAUCGAUGACAGGACCGCCCUGCACAUAGCGGCAUGCCAGGGUUAUGCAGACGUCGUCGCGUUGUUGAUUGAAAGGAAGGCCAUUGUUGAUUGCAAAGACCGAUGGGGCAGCACUCCUCUUGCAGAUGCUAUCCACUAUAAAAAACAUGAUGUGAUCAAACUUCUGGAGGAAAAUGGUGCAAAACCUUUGAUGGCACCGAUGCAUGUCAAACACGCUCGAGAAGUCCCAGAAUAUGAGAUCAACCCAAAUGAUCUGGAUUUUACCAGCAGCAAGGACAUUACAAAAGGGACUUUCUGUUUGGCAUCGUGGCGUGGAACUGAAGUUGCUGUGAAGAAAUUUCGAGAGGACGUGUUUGCAGAUGAGGAGAAAGUGAGGGCUUUUAGAGAUGAGCUUGCAAUCCUUCAGAAGAUUAGACAUCCAAAUGUCGUCCAAUUUCUUGGUGCCGUAACUCAAAGCAGCCCAAUGAUGAUAGUGAUGGAAUAUCUACCAAAGGGAGAUCUCCGUGAAUACUUAACGAGGAGAGGAGCAUUAAAGGCAUCAAAAGCAAUUAGGUUUGCUCUUGAUAUUGCAAGGGGAAUGAACUAUUUACAUGAGAACAAACCAGCAAUAAUCCAUCGAGACCUUGAACCUUCGAAUAUACUGAGGGACGAUGCUGGAUAUCUAAAAGUUGCAGAUUUUGGAGUUAGCAAGCUGCUGACUGUCAAAGAAGACAGACCUUUAACUUGUCAAGAUACAUCCUGUCGCUAUGUUGCUCCAGAGGUUUUCAAAAGUGAACAGUAUGACACCAAAGUAGAUGUCUUCUCAUUUGCUUUGAUUCUGCAAGAGAUGAUAGAGGGAUGUGCACCAUUUUCUUCGAAGAAAGAAACAGAAGCUCUUGAAGCAUAUGCUUCCAGAGGUCGUCCACCAUUUAGAGCUCCCUCAAAGCAUUAUCCCCAUGGGCUUAAAGAGCUGAUUGAGGAAUGCUGGAAUGAGAAGCCAGCCAAACGACCAUCGUUCAGGCAGAUAAUAUCAAAGCUGGAGCAUAUUCAGCACAAUCAGGGCAUUAAGAGGAGUUGGAAGGUUCAGCCCUUGAAAUGCUUCCAGAACUUUGAGGCUAUGUUGAAGAAAGAUCUGUCUGAUCUAAGCAGCCGUGCCGGUUCAUCUCGUUCCACAAACAGCAUUUAGCAUCCGGUGUGCAAGGCUGCAGAAAUCUAUUACCCUAAAUUGUCAACGUACGAAGCAUCGCUCCUACACCAGAAGUAUUGUUGGUACAUGGUUCAUUGUAUUCAAACCCGCUAAAACUUCAAACUCUGACACCAUGUAUUCGGCCCUUUUUAUUUGUUUUUCAAAUCGGGCUUCUUAUAUAUGUACAGAAGGUAGAUAUUUGUUCUCAUGGAGAAGGGGAAAAGUAAGGUGUUUGUUUUUUGCUUUUUUCUGUAUGUUUCGCAUUGCAUUUGCCAGAAAUUUGUGUAUUUGGUUUGCAGCUUUUGUCUUUCUUUUUCCCCCCUUCUCCGUUCAAAAGCAGUGGAACCUCAUCAUGUGAUCGUAGCCUUGGUCAUUGUCCAGCUAGAAAUUGUCUCGAGGGUUCGCUGGUUCAUCUUCUUCAUAAGCAAAAAGCUUUGGUGCCACUCAUCAUCUCUUUGCUUCGGCCUCUUGUCCGUUGUCCCGGUGAAGAAGUCUUCCAUAUCCCUACUGUAAAAUAGAAAGGGGUAAUGAUAGAUGGAGUCCCUGAACUCUUCUUUAAUAUUGGGGUCUUUGAAUUUUAUUUUAUUUUCCUGUCGAAUCUGAUUUUGGAACUUUCAAAAUUCGCUCAAUGUAGUCCUUUUGUU